AUGGGUGUUCUUAUCAUAUUUCUUGCUUCUUUUGUCACGAUUCUCACGGCGAUUUCCACGAGUACUAUUUGCACUAAUGGAGAAAUCAAAGGAGGAGGAAUUUAUUAUUUGAUAUCGAGGACGCUUGGCGCGGAAUAUGGCGGUUCAAUCGGGCUGCUGUUCUCUUUGGCAAAUUGUGCUGGUGCUGCUCUCUACAUAGUAGGAUUUGCCGAGACAAUCAAACAACUGCUUAUUGAAGCUGGGAUCACAAUACUGGACGGAAGCGAAUGGGAUAUUCGUCUUGUGGCUGUCGUAAGUAACGAUGCGAGUUAA